AUGGAAACUGCUCUCUCCCGGUCAUCCUCGCGCCCGCGACCUUCGUCCAGGCCCACCACUCCUCUGAGGCCCAAUUCUCGAUCGUCAAUCCGUGAAGCCCAUGGUUAUGGGACGAGUAUCAGCAAUGCUGGCUACACCCAACCUGCAAUCAAUGCUCUCGAGCCGCAAUUUGCAGAACUUGCAGAUUCUAUGGCAGACCUUGAGGCGAAUUUCAUGCACCUUCAGUUGAUGCACGAGAGUUUAACACGUUUCAGCGAGAGCUUUGCCAGCUUCCUCUAUGGUUUAAACAUGAAUGCGUUCUGUGUGGAUUUUCCGGAGGCACCAAUAGCAGAUUCAUUUCGGAGAGCUAAACAAGCUGAAGCUCAAAAAGAGGCUGAAGCUGAAGAAGUUCGACGAGCUGUUGACGCUGAGGCAACAUUUAUGACGACAGAUACUUCGUUCGUUGAGAAUCCUCCUAGCACGAUUUCCUCAAAGCCCACAUCCAAACCCUCCAUCCCUUCUCGAGGAGCUACUCGGGGGUCUUCGACACGCGGUCGCUAUACAACUAGAGGGAGUAAUCGGGCCCGGCCCAGCGCAUUGCCUCGAGGUAGAGGUGUUCGAUGA